AAAAAACUCGCUCUGUUGGCGGGGGAUCAACAAAGAGGUCACCGUCACCCAAGUCCAAUUAUUUUGGUAGAAGAAACGUCACGAUUAAUUAAUUUAUUUUGAAAAUGCCGAGAAUAGACAAUGAUAUCAAACUUGACUUCAAAGAUGUACUUGUUAGACCUAAGAGAAGCACGUUAAAAAGCAGAUCUGAGAACCCCCAGCAGAGUUUAGUGACGUAUGCCACAACAGCUGGAUCAGGAGGGGCCGUGGUGGACCUGUGUAGAUCCUUUACCUUCAGAAACUCUGGACAAACUUACGAUGGAAUCCCUGUCAUGGCCGCUAAUAUGGACACAGUGGGAACAUUUGAAAUGGCCAAAAGCUUUGCCAAAAGCAAGUGUUUUGUUUGUAUACACAAGCAUUAUUCUGUAGAUGCGUGGAAGGAAUUUGCUGCAGAAAACAAGGGCAUCAUGGAGAAUGUAGCUGCCAGCACAGGAACUGGGGAGGGGGACUUAAAGAAGCUGAUAGCCAUCAGUGAGGCCAUCCCAGAGCUAAAGUACAUUUGUGUGGACGUUGCUAAUGGCUACUCAGAACAUUUUGUCCAAUUUGUACGAGAUGUGAGGAAAACAUUCCCCAAACAUACCAUAAUGGCUGGUAAUGUGGUAACUGGUGAAAUGGUGGAAGAGUUGAUUUUAUCAGGAGCUGAUAUCAUUAAGGUUGGCAUUGGUCCAGGCAGUGUCUGUACUACACGUAAGAAGACAGGAGUGGGAUACCCCCAGCUGAGUGCUGUACUAGAGUGUGCUGAUGCUGCCCAUGGACUGGGAGGUCACAUUAUCUCUGAUGGUGGCUGUACUUGCCCUGGUGAUGUGGCCAAAGCUUUCGGUGCUGGUGCUGACUAUGUGAUGCUAGGAGGAAUGUUUGCCGGUCACACAGAGUCAGGAGGGGAAAUGAUUGAGGAAAAUGGCAAGAAAUUUAAAUUGUUUUAUGGGAUGAGUUCAGCUACUGCCAUGAAGAAACAUGCUGGGGGUGUGGCAGAAUACAGGGCUUCUGAGGGUAAGACAGUCCAGAUAGAAUACAAAGGAGAUGUAGACAGCACACUGCAGGACAUUCUGGGAGGACUAAGGUCUACUUGUACUUAUGUGGGGGCAGGAAAACUAAAGGAGCUCAGUCGUAGGACAACAUUUAUACGAGUAACGCAGCAACUUAAUGAAGUCUUUAGCGCAUUUACCAAAGAGCAUUAACAAUCGUAGCAAUAGGAGGUUAGACAGUUGUAUGUCAUUCCAGCAGUGACUCCUGACACCUCAUUGGUGAUGUCAUUUUACCUUAUUUCUGCACGGACCUGGAACAAUCAAAGGGAUGAAGAUGGAAUGGAUUUUAUCAACAGCUUAUUUUAUCUGAUUUGCUUUCAAUGUAAAGAAAUUUUGUGCCAAUGUCCACUUGUUUCAAUCUUGUAUGCCUCUAGUCAGUUGUACAAAUCAUGGGCACUUUUGGACAUGUUUUAGUUAUGGAAACAGUAUUUUAAUGUCAUUUAUGACUAUGAAAAAGAAAUCCACAUUUUGCUUUUUGUUUAAGACUUUGCAGUGUGAGUUUUCCAUUAUUUGAAUGCUAUUAUUAAAGAUUUUCCCUUGUCCUGUAUUUUUCACAAGGGAAGUUACUUAUACUUGCAGUGAAUUUCCCUCCGGACCAGGGAUUUUUGUUUUGCAUAUUGUGUUAUGCUAAAGUUCCCUAGUUAGAUGCCAUAUUAUUUGUGAGAGAAAAUUUUGAGAUUUUUCUUUUAUAUUCUUAUCUUGCUCAAUGAUUUGUUGGAACAUUUGUUUAAGGAGGAAAUGCAAACUUGCAUAAUAAUCUGUACCCAUGACUCCAGUGCUGCAUUCAGGAUCAUAAUGGCUAACCUAGAUUCCAGGUGCAAGAUUUUGGAUACAAAAUCUUUGUACAUGUAAUUGUUAAUUUUCUGAAUAAAGUUGCCGAAGUUCAAGUGAAAUUGUUUAUUAAAAGAAACUCCCUUUAAUGGAGAAAACACCAAUUUAUGCUUUCUGUAAGUACACUUUUAACAUUUCAUACAGAGAGGUAACUACAGUGGCCAUCUUUGAUUUGAUGCGUAACGUGGAAUAUCUGUGCUAGUUUUCCCUAGAGAGUGUCUAGGCUAGCAUAUUGUUCAAGCCAGUAGUUCUGUGUAGAGCUAGGUUGUUGUUGCCUAUAUGAUCGUGAAUGCACCCAGUUUUCUCCUGGCUGUGAUGUAUAAAACAGAAAAAAUUGGUUUGGAUGUUGUUUUAUCGGAGUCCUGUUUAAUUUUUGUAAUAAAAACUUAAACAAAACA